GGGGUCGUUCUGGUUGUUUGCUUUACUGAAAAAUGGAAGGGAUCACAAUGGCCCGUUUUGCUUUCGGAACGGGCCGUUCCAAAACCCAAUUUAAGACACGUUUUGUGCAAUGAGAAUGGCUCGUUCUGGUUUCAGAAUGGGCCGUUCUGAUUGCAGUCAUGAAGGAUUUCAAUUGAAAAUUUUGAAUUAUUAUGAGGGAUUAAAUUAGGCAUUUAGGCAUUUAUAAAAUUUAUUAGUAAUUAGUUGUUUGAGUUUAAUAUUUAAUUUGUUUGUUUGUUUAAUUAUAUCAGGAUGUCUACACAGAUGAUUCAUGUAGGACCUAUCGACGAUUCAUUAUUAAGGCUUCAACCAUUCCAUAUAUCUAAGCAUAUAUGGAAUGGAGCUGAAGAUAAUGUUUUGAAGGUUAGGAGAGCAACACAAUCAGAGUUGCGUGGUGUUGAGAUUCCAGUUGCUAUUUAGGAUCUUCUACAAAGGGCUGGUUUUAUGGGGAUGACGCAGAUCAGUUACUUUCCUAUGGACAAUCAUUUAAUUUUUGCGUUAGUUGAGCGAUGGAGACCAGAGACCCACACAUUUCACAUGCCCUUCGGCGAGUGUACUAUGACGUUGGAGGAUGUUGCAAUGUUACUUGGGUUGAAGAUCUCCGGGGCACCCAUUACUGGAUACGUAACUAUGGAUUGGGGAGCUCUUGUGCAGCGCCUUCUUGGCAUGACACCCCCUGAGUCAAUGCCUGCUGGCGGUUGAUUGAGGAUGACCUGGAUUGACCGACACUUUUCUAAUGUUUCUGAGCAUAUACAUAGCCAGGAAUAGUUGGAACGCUAUACUAGAGCGUUCAUUUUACGCAUAAUCGAGGGAUAUCUAUUAACUGAUCACUCUAGCUCGUUUGUAUCCCUCAGAUACCUGAGUUUCCUAGAAGACCUGGAUGUUUGUGGUCAAAUGAGUUGGGGGUCAUGCAUCCUGGCGAAUAUGUACAGGGAGUUGUGUGUGUGCACGAAUUAUGAUCACAAGGAAAUUGGUGGUUCAGGUAUUUUACUGCAAUUAUGGGCAUGGUAUCGGUUUCCAUUUUUUGCACCACCUUAUCAACCUUUAUCUACAUUUCAUGUUCCUCUAGGGGCAAGGUGGGAUUAUGCGUUGCAUAAACCUAGAGAGAAAACAAAAGAUAAAAUUGUGAAGUAUAGAGAGUAUUUUGACCGUUUAAAAAGAGAGGAUUUUGUAUGGCAACCAUACUUGGAGUUACUACCUACAUUACCUCCUUACUGUUUUGAGAACUCACAAGUAUGGAGGUCAACUGUCCCAUUGAUUGAUUUCCACAUCGUCGAGUAUCAUUACGCAGAUCGUGUCAUGCAACAAUUUGGGAUGGUCCAACACAUUCCUGCGCCUCCUAUUCAUCCAGAGAAAUUGCAUGAUCUUUCCUUGAGAGGCAAGGAUAACACGGACUGGUCACGCAUGCACGUUCAAUUUGUGCAGGAGUGGCAAUCACAACUUCAUCAUGUAUGGACACAACUUGCGUGUGAUACACCACACUUGAGCAAUAGCUCAGAAUACAUGGUGUGGUAUAGGAAACAUACAAGGCGGUGAAUUUCUCCUUCUAGUGCAAAGAAAGGAUAUGUGACUGAUGUUUUGGAACACAUGUAUCAUGGGACCAGUGAAGAACAUAGGGAUUCCUUCGAUUUUACCAUGAUGCAUGAGAGGAUCGACCACUGCUUGCAGUUGCGAGACGAGGUGAGCAGGGUGAGUUUUCCUUUUACACCGGCUCCAGCUGCAACAUUACCACAACCAGACGCAGUUCAGGUGGAGCACAUUGGGGCAGGUCGACGAAAAGGAAAGGGGCUAAGUCGUAGACGAAGGCGAGUUGAUCUCUAGUUCAGGUGCAUAAUUUAACCAUUUUUUUUUCAUUACACAAUUACAAAACAACAACAACAAAUACAUAUUAUUAACUGAAGUUCAUAAUUUUACCAAUAUUUAAUAAUAAUAUUCUCCAAAUUUAAAUUUUACAAUCCACAUAAAAAAUUACAUUACAACCAUCCUAAUUAGAAAUAAACAUAAAACUAAAUUACAAA